GUACAAUGUUUGAUUUUGAAUAGGAAAACAAGAAUGUAUCUUAAGUAGCAAGCUCAUUUCAAACUAUUCAACUAUAGGUGUACUUUUCAUAUAUUACCAAUUAUAGACAACAGGUAUUUGUGAUCCCUCAUUGAAAAUGAUGUGGAUAUUAAUCCUUUUCAUAGGAAGCUCAUUGGCUCAUUUGACCUCUGGCUGGACGUAUCAUUCCAAUAAAAAGACCAUGAACUGGACCCAGGCCCGGCAGUGGUGCCAGACCACUUACACUGACAUGGUGGUGAUCCAGAACCAGAGAGAGAACAACUACCUGGUGUCUUUGCUGCCAAACAGAAAUGGGAGCCCAUAUUAUUGGAUUGGAAUCACCAAAAAUCACAGGAAUCAACCUUGGACCUGGAUCGGGAAUAACAGCACGUGGGUUGGUGAGCAUUCAUGGGCAGCAAACGAGCCGAACAACAACCACAGCACCGAGUUCUGCGUGGAGCUCUACGUCAACACAGGACCGAACCGAGGGAGGUGGAAUGACGAGAAAUGCAGCUCCCUGAAAUUCCCCGUUUGUUAUAAAGCUCAGUGUAUUGAAACAUCAUGUGAAAGAGGAAGAUGCCAGGAGACCAUCAACAACAUGACCUGCAUCUGUGAGCCCGGCUUUGAGGGAGACAGGUGCCAAACAGCUGUCCGAUGCCCCCGUCUGCCUCGGCCUGAUAACGGAUACCUCAGUUGUUUCGGAGGAAACCUGACAUUCAACUCAACCUGUCGAUUCGAAUGCAACCGAGGCUUCCAGAUUAAAGGAUCGUCAGAGGUGACUUGUGAGGACACCGGGGUGUGGAGCGGCCCGAGACCUACUUGUGCAUCUGUCCGAUGCCCCCCUCUGCCUCGGCCUGAUAAUGGAUACCUCAGUUGCUUCGGAGGAAACCUGACAUUCAACUCAACCUGUCGAUUCGAAUGCAACCGAGGCUUCCAGAUUAUAGGAUCGUCAGAGGUGACUUGUGAGGACACCGGGGUGUGGAGCGGCCUGAGACCUACUUGUGCAUCUGUCCGAUGCCCCCCUCUGCCUCGGCCUGAUAACGGAUACCUCAGUUGCUUCGGAGGAAACCUGACAUUCAACUCAACCUGUCGAUUCCAAUGCAACCGAGGCUUCCAGAUUAUAGGAUCGUCAGAGGUGACUUGUGAGGACACCGGGGUGUGGAGCGGCCCGAGACCUACUUGUGCAUACUACAAGCAGGCUCUGCUCGCUGUAGCUGGGAGUGCAGCGUUGUCAGUCUUGUGCUGCAUCUGCUUCUGUUGGAUGAAACACAGAAAAAGAAAGAAGCUUGCCCAACAAAGGCCGCCUGAGGAAGUGACAAUUCAUGAAGAUUGAAGGACAUCUGGGAUCUCAUUUAUGUCUUAAUAUAAAAUAGAUGCUGAAUUUAAGUAAAUUAUUGACAAAUUAAAGUGAGCAGUCACCGGCUGUAAGCGUUUUUCCUAAUAUGCUGUUUGUUAUACGUAUGAUGUCUGUUAAAGCUUCAUUAGGUUAUUCUAUAUUGAUACAUGUAAGUGUGUG